AUGGCGUUGAACAGAAAUCAUUCCCAAAACGGCGGAGUGUUAAUUAACAACGGUGAAAGUGUAUUAAGAGAAUGUAAGAAUGUGGAGUUGUCAUUCAGUGAUGUCGCCUGUAAAACAGACCUCUUAAAGGGGACCAAGAAGGGCACUGUGUACCUUACACCAUACAGGAUGGUGUUUGUGUCCAGCAAUACAAAGGAUUGCCUGGGUUCUGCCAUGUUCCCCUAUUAUCUGAUGAAGGGCUGCAGCAUCGAGCAGCCUGUGUUUGCUGCCAACUACAUUAAAGGGACGGUGUCAGCUGAGCCGGGUGGUGGCUGGGAGGGUCAGGCCAAUUUCAAGAUGUCAUUCCCAAGUGGAGGAGCGAUCGAGCUGGGCCAGCAUCUCUUCAAACUGGCCACAAAUGCUUCUCGUGGGACUCCUGCGCAGAAUGGCGCCCCGUCAUAUCACGGCUACCCUUCUCCCGGGACGAUGAACGGCUACGGCCCACCUCCGGCUGCUCCACAGGGCUAUCCUUAUGCACCCCCUCCCCAGCAGAAUGGAGUCUAUCCUCCCCCUCCAGCUGCUGGCAACAUGGGCUACCCUUAUCCAACAGCUGCUACAGGAAUGUACCCAGCAGGAUUUGACUACAUGGCUCCACCUCCCCCAUAUCCAGGACCCCCUCAAAACUGGGCUGCACCCCCCCAGAACUGGACAGCUCCAGCACCCCCAGGUGGCCCAGCAAAUGCCAAAGCAGCAGAAGCAGCAGGCAAUGCCUACUACAAUCCCAGCAAUCCACACAAUGUCUACAUGCCCACGGAGCGGCCUCCUCCGUAUGCACCGUAUCCAAACUCUCCUGAAAAGAAAAACAACUAA